AUGAUAAAAGAAAACGAAAUGACCGUCGUGUCCUUGCCAAAGCUUGGUGACUUCAACUAUAACAGCUGGAAAAGGGACUUGAAAGUUCUACUUAUGGAAAAAGGUUUCUGGGAAUUUAUUAUUGGAACAGCAAAGCCAUGUCCAGAUGAUGUGUCUGAUAGAGAUAAACAUGUAUACGAGCUAAGGAAACAAAGGGCGUAUACUACUAUCUACAUGGGUGUCGAAAGAAAGUAUCAAACCCUAAUCUCUGACACUGAAGAUGGAAAAAUAGCAUGGGAAACAUUAAAAGAAAAUUUUGAACCCAUCUCCAGAGCCCGUCUAGCAAGCCUAAUAGAUGGAUUUUUCAGCAGCAGAUUCGAUCCUACCCAAGAAACAAUAGGCAUGUACUGUAAGAAGACAAUGGAAAGAAAUCGGAAGAUACAAGAAGCAGGUUUCAGGAUGCCCGAUAUUUUGGUAUGUUUCCAAUUAAUUCGGUUUCUACCUCCUGAAUACGACAACUUAGUGCAGAUACUCUACAGGUUGAAAGAUGCAGAAUUCACUAUUGCCGAAGUUACGAAACAACUAAUUACAGAAUCUGGAAGGAUCGAACUGAAGAUGAAAGAUGAAAACGACUACCAAUCUUCUGCUAAUGCAUACGCUUCAAGGGUUAAGAAGUCUGAAAAUAAUCAACAGAAGUGCAAGAAUACGGAGACAAUGCAGAGAUCCUACAGCAGUGGAAACAUGAUGGACCCUGGCAUACGAAGAAAGGUCGGAAGCUGA